ACAAACGAUCCAAGUAAAUAGGGAGCAAAGAAGAAAAAACAGAAGACAAAUGAAAAAGUCAAUGGAUGAGCAAUGAUUGCGGAGGAUCACAGCAAAAACCGACCAUUUUCAGACAUGGAUGCACCAACAAAACAUAGAAUAUUUGUUGGAUCCCAACACAAACAAAAGGCAAAAGAACCCAUUGUUUUGCAUACACAAAGAAGAAGGAAAGGAGAGAUUGACCCAAAAACCAGUCUCUCUUUUUCUUCAACCAUUUCUAAUUAGCUAUCUUUGAAUUCUUCUUCUCCUCCUCCUCCUCCUCAUGGACUCCGCCGGCAUCACCCGCAUUCGCGCAUUGUCGUCCCCUGAAUUAGUCGAGGGCUCCACAAGUCCACGACAACCCCAUGUCGAUCAAAACUUCAUUGGAGUAUCUACGAAUGUGAGGAUUUUGUUGAAACUAAUCCACGAGUACAAAGAGGCUUCCACGAAAGGAAACAAUGGGAGUAGAGAUCAAAGGAUAUCUGAAAUGAUGCUUAUACUUGAUGAAGUCAAAUCCCAAAUCCAAAGAGCACAAGUUCUUGGUAAGCGAAGGGAAGCCGGGCUUCGAAGGUGCAACACGGAUCUUAGGCGAAACGUUCCGAGGGACAAAAAACCGACGAACGAACCGAUAACCGAUGAGAAGGAGAAGUUGAGGAGAGAGCUGAAUGCAAGCAUAGCAGCUCGGAAAAGCCUCGAGAGCAUAUGCUCAAGCAUCGGAAAGGAGAAGGAGAUCAUCGCGAAGGAGCUAGCGAGGACGGUUCAACAAUUGCAUGGAAUGGAAGAACAUGUGAAUGAUCUCAAAGCACAAAAUGAAAUGCUAAUGUGCAAAGUUCAAGCUUGUGUUGCAGAGCAUAGAGGGUUAAAAAACAACAAUGUAUCUGAUGCCCAAGGCAGCAUUGAAGCCCUCCAAAAACGAAACAAAGCCUUGACCGAACAGCUUCUCAAGUCGCUCGACGCCUACCGAUCCUUGAAGCGAAAGCUCAAAGAAUAUCAAGAGAGAAGAAAUGGGGCUAAUGCAAGAAUGGAAGAAAUGGGACACCGAGUUCGAGUCGGACUCGAUAGGAUUCAUAGUUUCAAAGAAAUGAUCAUACAAAGCGACGACGACAAUCAAAUCGACAUUGAGCAUGAGAUCUCUGAAUUGGAACAUAUGUUCAAAUGCUUCGACUCCGAGAUAUCCAAACACGUCAAGAUCAAGAAACACGAGCGCGUCAGUACCGAUUAGUCACCGCUUCCUGCUCGAGUUUAUACUAGAAACAGUAGCACACACCCAUACUAACUCCUAAUCCAAAACCUGCUUUUG